UGUGAUCGGCCAAAGCAUGCAAAUAUAUAAGGAACAUUGCGCAGUCCAGGUUCUUUCAAGUAUUGCUAGCGUUUGACGUUUAAGUUAAGUUGCCAGCUGGCAGUCCGUGCAUGACUACUAGCGUUUGCACCUGCCCAGCUGCCCCACCUUCCAUCUCCUGUAUGUAUCAAUGUAAGUUUAUUCUUUCAAGUUUAUUCUUUCACUAGAAAAAGCUGGAAUUUGUUUUUAUUUCUUUUUGUCCACCGUACCUAGGUAAACUUAGCAAAAAUGCCUCUCGGAUGGUACCUCGCUCAGGGUUUGUACCCAAUUGGUCCAUCCAGCAGCGAUGAUGAGGAGGGCCCCUGCGAGUUGCCCAAUGGCCAAAUCGUUUGCGGUCCACAUGGCCUUGUCGUUUGUGGAAAAUGCUGCACAGAUUACAGCUUCAUGAGUAGUUCUUCGGAUAAAGAUGAUUAUGACGAUGACGAUGAUAGCCCUAUGAACAAUCCCCCGAUUAACAAGGACGGCGAUCCUGGUGCACCACAUUCCUUAGGCCCGGAGAUGAGAAUAGGUGGUGGCCGUGUCAUCCCUGAGAGGUUCACUCCACCGACGACUUCAAUCAUGCCAACGGAGCUGUUUCGCGGCCAGAAAACUUAUUUUGGAUUGACCAGAUACAUCCACCGCGAUGACCCCCAAGCGGUUCUCAUCUUCACUGACGGCGCUUGCUUGAAUAAUGGCCAGCCAAACCCCAAAGCCGGCUGGGCGAUCGUCUAUGGACCGGGACCCUUAAUCGUAUCUGGCAGGCUAGAACGCACGGGACCUUUUGGUGACGAGAGCAUUCAGAGCAGCAACAGGGCCGAACUUCGCGCUGUUAUUGCAGCUUUGCGCUUCCGACACUGGCCCGGUGAAGGCUUUACUACUAUGGUCAUCGCCACUGACUCGGAGUAUGUAGUUGAGGGAUCUACAAAGUGGGUGAGAACAUGGACUAGAAAUGAUUGGAAGACGAACGCAGGUGCGGACGUCAAGAAUAAAGACCUAUGGGAAAUACUUCUAGGCGAAUUUGAGAGAUGGAUGGAGAAAGGUCUCUCCAUCAAAUUUUGGAGAAUCCCAAGAGAUUGGAACAAUACCGCGGAUGCGGCUGCGAAGUGGGCUGCCUCAGAAAAUGAGGUGCCUAACCGGUGGAAGGAUGUGAUACUUGUGCUGUCUUGAUUUAUACGAGUAGCGCUUUAUCGGGAGGAGGUCUCGGUUAUCGGCCUGGAGGUUACAUCCGACCCCGCCGAAGCUCAGGUAUACAUAGGUAGAUGACCUCAAGGUGGUCGUUAUCUUAUGAUUAGCCUUUUGAUUACCAUACC